AUGGAAAGUCAAGCGUCGGGACGGGAUGACAGCGCUGGUAUGACUGUAGGUGUGGUCCAACUACCAUUCACUGCUACCCGUAUGGCGGACGCGGAUGAAGAGGUGUUUCUGCUGUAUACUGGUCUAGCAGCUCAAACAAAUGCCAACGAACAUGCUCACUUUCGUGGACUCGGUCAUGUCGACUCCCACGAGGACGUCCUCACAGUCUCCUUCGCGAUCUCCAAACCAAUGGAGGAAGACUUCUCGCAGUCGGCGCCGUCGAGUGCUCGCAGACGCGGGCGGCCCUCGCAGAGGCCGUCGCGGAAAAAAAAUGGCAAACACGAAGAGGACACGUUUGACGUCGAGAUCGCCCAGGACAAAACUGCGUUGCGCUCCCGCAAAGGAGAUACAGGGAGUGUGUUGUGGCAUGCUAGCGUUGACCUAGCGCAAGCUCUCCUUUGGGAUCUUCACCAGAAAAACCCUACACGCCCAUUCCUCAAUCGAGAUCACCUUUCCGCCGCAUGUGUUGUCGAACUCGGAGCGGGAACAGGAAUGUUGGGCGUGGUCCUCUCGCCAUUUGUGAAACAAUACAUCGCGACGGACAUUGCCGCCCUCGUUCCACUGAUUCGGAAGAACCUCACGAGAAAUCGCCAGCGUCCAGCGGUUCCUUCCUCGUCAAAUUCCAAGCACUCCCCUCUUCCCCCCGUAAACUCGACUGCGGAGACUUUGGACUGGCUAGACGUGCACAACGCGCUCCCAUCUUUUCGCCCAAACCUCGUCCCGUCGAACCCGGCUGAUUUGGUCCUUGUCGUCGACUGCAUAUACCACCCGUCUCUGCUACCCGCCCUGCUCACCACAAUCAACCAUCUGGCCAUUCCUGGGAAGACAACGGUUAUGGUUGUGGUGGAGCUACGAGCCGAAGACGUUGUGCGAGAGUUUCUUCAGGGAUGGCUAGAUAUGUCACUUCAGGAGAGCUGGGAGAUAUGGAGCGUAGGCGAUCUCAUGAAGGGUCCUUAUGCGGUAUGGGUUGGACAGAAAGUAAAUGUCUAG